AAUGUUAAUUUAGUGAAGGGGAAACCAACCAGAACAUCCUGGAUAGAGAAACGUAUCAGUUCUAAAGCUACGGUGAAGCUCUGUCUCUGGCAUGAAUUGUCAGGUUUAUCCAGCACCCCCCUAGGUUGGCUAACCUAGGUAUAGCUUUGGCUAUGGUGUCCAGACAUAUGCUCCUAAAUAGCUGUGAACAAUGUUUAACAGCCAGCUGAAUGGUUACGUUUCCAUGUCUAGCUACUUUAUGAUCAGUGUCCACAGCAGUAGCUAAUUCAGACUGCAUUUACUUGAUAUUAUAAUAUAACCAUAAACCAUUUAAUUGGAUAAUUUGAAUCAGAUUUUUGUAGCCAUGUAGUCCUAUAGUUGCACACAGUGGUGGGUAGUACAGGUCCAAAAAGUAAAAAUCCACCAGUAAACAGAACUGUUAUAAACAUACACCUACCUAUAUUAAUUGUAUUUGGCUUGUGGUGUUCCAUAGACAAAUUCUAACCAUGUGUUCCUUAGGUCUGAAUUACUGAGCAAAGCAUAACAUUUUUUUGUUAUUUGCACAAAUAACACAGGAACGAACUGCCAUGCUGUUCCUAGCGCUGUUAGCUCCUGUCUGAGAAGUUGUGCACUACUGGCUUCAGCUCAGCCUGUGGGCGGUCGCUUCCAGAACAAGAAAAAAUCGAUUUUAGCGGAGGCACACCUUUAAUGUAAAUAGUCUGACUAGUGUCUAAAGAUGCUGCCACAAAAAGAGAGAGUCCGAAUUGUUAUGUAAUACAGUGAUUCAGUGUAAACACUGAAACAGGGCCCCUGUUGGUUUAAAAUGUUUAACCGAUUUGAAAUCAUGAAAAAUUCAGCUUUAGCUGAUCUGAACCGAUUGUUCCAACGUGAAUCUGCCCUGUCAAAAUAUUUGUACAGUGAGAUUAAAUAUCUACACUGUGAGGUGUUUAGUCUGUCACUGAAAGACAGGACUGAGCAGUAAAAUGCUCAAGAGACUCAGCAGGGUUUUUUACUUGAAGCUCCUCCUCCUGUUUCUCCUCCUCCUCCCCCUGAUCAGGUUGCUCCAGAAGCCUGUCUGUGUGCUGCUCCACAUUCUUCACACUUCACCUGAGAGAGAGAGACGGAGAGCCAGGCGUGCCUGAGAGGAGGACAGCAGCCACACACAGAGGAAUCACCUGGACUUCUAAAGUGAAUAAUUUAUUGGGUUUUUAAUGCUGGAAACAGUCUGGUUACAGCAGCAUGGAGCUGUGCAUGCGCGGACUAAAGUGAGAAAGAUCAUUUUAAUAAUAACGAUGAUGGGGUUGAUUUCUGCAGCUUUCGUCACAGCUCUCCAUCUCUGCCUGUCCCUUCAGACAGCUUCAGCCAAAGGGUCGGUCAUUGCUGCACCACCGCAGGAUGUUCAUUUUUACUCGAUAAAUCUGAGGAACCUGCUACUCUGGAGCCCAGGAAAAGACACGGCCCACGGCGCCACCUACACAGUUGAAUAUGCAACAUAUGGGGAUGCUCUGGGAGGCAGCGACCAGGUGGCCUGGAAACCAGCGGAGCAGUGCCGUGACAUUACAGACACAGAGUGUGACCUGACAGAUCAGACAGACGAAAUGGAUGAGGAUUAUUUUGCCCGAGUUAAAGCUAAUGGGCCAAACAGUCACUCACACUGGGUGGAAACAGAGAGACGCUUCAGACCCUUCUCUGACACCAUCAUGGGUCCUCCAAAAGUGAAAGUUAUUCUGGUGGAGAACUACAUGCAUGUGAAGCUGAAGGGACCAUUCCAGUGGAAGAGCAGCAGGAUGAAGAAGGGCUGUUCUCUCUGGAAGAUUUUUCCCCGUAUGGUCUACAACAUCUCUGUGUUCAACAACAAGAGCAAAAACAUGCAACACAUCCUCCUGCAAAAUGACACACUGAAAUGGGGGCCUCUGGAGUACGAAUCAGAGCACUGUGUGAAAGCUGAGGCCUAUUCUCGCUUUCUCCCUCUGUCCAGAAUCCAGUCCGACUGGAUCUGCCUCACCAUUCCAUCAGAUCCGCUUAGUGCUCAGAUGAUGAUGUUGAUUUUUGGAGGAGUCAUCCCCAGUGCAAUUUGUCUCUUUAUAUUGGCUGCGGUUGGAGCCUUCACUUACUACUACAUCUGUGAUCACAGGCAAAAACUUCCCACAAGCACGGAAAUUGUUAGUGUGGAGGAGACAGGGAAGACAUUCCAGCCGGAAAAACCUCUUAUCAUCAACCUGAACCUCUUUUCCACCAACCUUAGCACAGAGGAGUGGAAGCAGAAGCCUCUGGGUGCUCUUUACCAUGAUGACAGUGAAAAUGAGCAUCUACUGCCUAUUCUGGCCCUGCCUUCUGGAAGUAGCCGUGGUCCUGAACACCCACAGCCACAAGGAGAGAUUGUACCAUCGUAUGCAGCACAGCAGAUCCAGCCGGAUCAAGAUCAAGCUGGAUUCGACACCGCUUCUGAUGCCAGCGCGGAUCUGUGGUCCAGUCACGGCUUUCUGACUGAUGACUACGGGCUGGUGGCUUGUGAGCGACUACAGCAAGACCCCCACCAACACGUGAGUGGUUUGGUGGUGGGUGGUAUGGCCAACAUGUCGGCGCAGCCCUCAGAAUGUAAAGUCAAUGUACACAAGGCGCAGAGUGAGGAGAGAGACCCAGGAGAGAAGAGGUACGAAGAGGAAGAGCAAGAAGAAGAGGAGGAGAAGGAAAAGGGAACAUUAGUAGACUGGGACCCUCGGACUGGGGUGCUAAAGAUCCCUCUUCUCUACCAGAUCAGCUCAGAAGAAACUAAGGAAACAGAAGCAGAUGCAGUGACAGCAACAGAAACCAGAGUGAACAUAGACCUUCUUCAGCGCAAGCCUAUCCUGACCAGCUUGGUGUUCAGACAGUCUUCACAGGAGAGCAGCGAAGAGGACAUUUUCACUAAAAUGGAGAAAGACUGGGGGCUGCAGAUCCAGAGCAAUGCUGAAUAAACUUGGACAUGAAGGAGAACGACAAAUGACUGUUCCCAUGCUGCGUUUUCUUCUCAGGGGUUCUUAGGGGUCUUUAAAACAUUGUAAUGUUUUUCACUAUAGGUCUGUAACAGUACUAUGUGUCAAACAUGCCUGCAUCGGCCUCUAUAUUGUAUCUGUUGUCAUCUCCAAAUCACCAAGCACUCUGGAUUGGAGCAUCUGCUAAAUGCCAUCAAUGUAAAUCUCAGUUUCCAAUUUUUCUGCCUACCAGAUCACAGUGCAUACAACCCAGCGCUCAAGGGCCCAUUUUUGGUUUAUCUUUGCAGUAAAAGUGUCAUUUCCAUUUUUGAAUUUAACAGCUGAGUGUGUUGAAAUAGAGGGUAGAGACUGCUUGAAGAAUACAGAGAUAAAUGCCAUGUUCCCAUUACAAACCUCAUUAAUCCUUUCUGAUUUUCUGCUUAGAAUUCUAUUCUAUUCUAUUCUUGAUAGUAGCCUUUGUCUCUCUGUAAAGUAAGCUAGUCUGACCCUGAAACAGUGUAAAUGUGCACAUUGAUAUGUUUACACAGGUCUCCUCUGUGAUUUUUGCUGUGCCUGAAGUGUUGAAUUCUGACUCCCUUCUAGAAUCUGACUCCCAUUUUAGCGGUGGUAUUUAGCAUGUUAAUCUCUCAUCACUGGGGUCUCGGGUUCAAGUCCCUAUCUGGGUGGAGUUUCCAUGUUCUUCCUGUGUCUGCAUGGGUUGCCUCCCAGAUUCUAAAAACAUAAAGAUCAGGUGAAAUGGUUCCUUUAAAUUGUUCUGGUCUGUAUGUGUACGCAUGAAAGUGAAUAAUGUAUAUGUCAGGUGGCCGCUGUUUUCCGUUAAAGGAGAACUCCAGUGUAAAAUAGACUUUUGGUGUAGUAAACAUAAUAAAUAGUACUUGAGUAAUAGUAAUAGUAAUAGUAAUAGUGUUGAAUAGCACAUCUCCGUUCCCCCACAGCGCUCCGAGAUCCAGAACUUUUAACAGUUUGUCAAAACAGCCUUCAGACUGAGUGACACAGGGCAUAAUUUACCCCGCUAAAUCGUUUUUUGACACCGUUAUCCAGGCUCAAAGUAGCUUCACACCUCCUUGUUAGAAUCUGGAGAGCCCUGACAUUUAAAAUGAGGCAUUAAGGACUUUAAAACUGCACAAGAACCUUAUUAAAAACCUCUGUUUACAUCCUAUAACACUAGCUUCAGCUCUGUGCACCGCCAUUACUGAACUGAAAAUAACAUAGACAUAUAUAUACAUAGACUCAUUAUUAAGCAAGGCUCUGUAGUUUGUUAUGAAGGUUAAUAUGAAUUGUUAUUCAUAAGCAAAAAAUGCAAAUCUGAGGUGUUAUCUGUUGCCUGGGCCUGUACUGUUGUGUGCAACGCAAAGUUGAAUUCCGUUCUGGCAGAGGGUUGUAAUUUUGCACUACACUGGUUAUAGAUAAAUACGCACAGAGAAAAAAAAAGUGUAAGUUAUUUAAAUCUGUGUUACAUUAAGGCACAAAAUUGGAUUCCUGCCACUUUAGCCUGGUAAUGUGAACAUAGCAGAAAUGAUCUGAAAUGUUAGAGAAAGUGCCCAAACUGUCAUUUUGUCUUCAGAUCUUUAAAUCAUGAAUUAUCUUGUGCUUUUUGUGUUUACAGGUUUACAUGUGAAAUGAAGGCAAGGUUUUACAAAAUGUAAGGUGGACAAGUCAAAAUAAAGUUGAUUUUUCCAUCAUAGUGUGAGAGUAGGCUGAGAAAAGUGUACAGUAUAUUUUUUCAACAGAUGUCUAUCUUUUCUAAUUUUGUAAUCUGUUGUAAUGUUAAAAACAGUUUUAAAUAUUCAGCUUUUUCUCAUUGUUUUGGGCAUUUGGUAUUACUUUAUUAUGAUCUUAUGUAUCAUAACAAAGAGGGUAUACAUAUAUUAUUACUGAUUUGCUGAAAAUCCACUUAUAUUUUAAAUACUAAACCUCAGGAAAAUGGACAUUGCUGAAGGAUACUAUAUAAAAAUGUGACUUAUGAAAAGCUCUUUGUUCUAAAUGAAGGCUAUGUAUGAAGGAUCUGUGGUGUAUGUUGUUAUUUUUGUUGUCUGUUUGUUGAAUGAUGCAUUGCAGAAUAAAUGCAUUUGAUGACCAAAAA